AGGCCCUGGUUGCUAGGGAGGCCAUAUUGGACUGAGGUAAGGUGGGUAAAAAAUCAAGCGCGAAAGUAAAACGGGAGACGGAUCUUUUAUUGUUUCUCAUCUAUAAUCUGAAGCCAUCGUCCCUUAAAAUGGCAGAUGAGAGAGAAAUAGGAGACCACGACACUUCUGCAGAGAAUGUGACUGAAGAUUCCAACCAUGAUCCCCACUUUGAACCAAUUGUUUCUCUUCCUGAGCAAGAGGUAAAAACAUUGGAAGAAGACGAGGAGGAACUUUUCAGAAUGCGUGCAAAGCUCUUUAGAUACGCAUCAGAGAAUGAUCCUCCUGAAUGGAAAGAACGAGGAACUGGGGAUGUCAAGUUGCUGAAGCAUAAGGAAAAGGGAACGAUUCGCCUUCUGAUGAGGAGAGAUAAAACUCUCAAAAUCUGUGCAAAUCACUAUCUUACACCUACAAUGGAGCUAAGGCCUAAUGUAGGUAGUGACCGGGCAUGGGUCUGGAAUGCACCUGCUGAUUUUGCUGAUGAAGAACCCAAACCUGAGCUUUUGGCUAUCCGGUUCUUGAAUAAAGAAAAUGCACAAAAGUUUAAGGCAAAGUUUGAAGAAUGCAAGGAGAAGAUGAAACUAAAAGAUGACAAUGAAAGUGCAGAUAAAGUUGCUGAAAAGCUAGAGGAGCUAUCCGUUAAGGAAGAUAAAAAAGAAUCCACCAAAGAGGAAGAAUGCGAGAAGAAAGAAGUGACCAGUGAAAAAACUGAAGCAAAUUAAAUAAUCCUGGUCCUUGUUUCCCUUUUCCUUUUUUUUACAGCAGACUGUAAUGAACUGGAUUUGGACACAGAGGAGCCCUUUUCUAGGCUUUUGCCCUGUGGUCCCAAAUUGGUUAUGAAGAUAUAGUACCUUCACAGAGUGUCAUUCCUCAGUCAUCAACCACCGUAAAUGUGCUAUUGUAUUCCUUUGAAACUUUAGGAGUGUUAACUACUGCCUUAUCUAUUUACAGUCUUCUGAGAGAAUAAUUUAAUUCUGUUGCUUUAAUUCCUGAAAAUUGGUGAUUAUAACAUGCUUUACUGUAUAUGACUUGACCUUUUUUUAAAUUUCUUUUUUUCUGUGAAUAAGACUCCAAAUGUCAGAAUUCCCACAUUGGGUAGGACUUGGUUUAUAACUAAAUUAAAUUCAGUUAAGUUGUAUAUGAGAAAACUUAGUUUUUUUUAUAUAUUUUUGCCCUACAGUGUUUCUGGAUGGGUCAAGUAUGACAACAAGUUGGAAGAUUGCAUUUAAAAUUUUUUUUAAACUUUUACUGUAGAUUCCCCUCCCCCUGUCUUAAGUUGGUUAAAUUAGUAACUGACAGAUUACACAAUAGAAAGAUUAGUGGUAAGUUCAUUGUGGAUUUAAGUGAAGUUUUAUUCCGUAAACUCUUUGGACCUUGAGGAGGAGGAAGAGACAAAAUUUCUGUUGCAAAUUGGCAGUGCUUGGCUAGAAUAUUGUGAUGAGGAAACUGUCAAGUAAUGGUGGACUGGUACAGCUCCAGUCUGUUGGACUCGUCUCUUGUCCCCCUUGGUUCCCCCAGAACAAUUGUGAGCCAGUACAGGUCCACAUACAUUGCUAUCAAAUUACACAUAAGAUCUUGUACUGAAACUGAAUACUGUCUGUGAUGGUACCAUCAAGAUGCAUGAAUAAUGCAAGUGAAGAGAGAGGUGGUGAUAGUUUCACAGUGGGCCGUUUUGAUUUUCUGCUGGCUACGGCUGUACUGCUGCUUAUGGCAGUAUUUAUGUUUGUAGCAGUGUGAUAUUUAGCAUGUAUACAAUUAGUUACAUUGACAUUACCUACAGAAAGGGUCACUCAAUUUGAGAGAGAAAAGUUCUGAUAAUUUGUACAUGCUUGCCACGGACCACAAACAUUUGCGAAUAAUCUUGUUUUCUGUUGGAAUGAACAAACCAUCUUGAUCUACUGUUUUGUAAUUGGGAAACUUAUAAAAUGGAACUGUUGAAAAUUGAAAGUCUCGUUAGGAAAUUUGCAAUAAAGAUUUUUGCAAACGG